CUCUUUUUGGUUUCCAUUCUGUUAGAUAUGGGAUCAAGCGACAAAAACCAAGUGUAUUGAAAUUCGUGAAAAGUGAAAAUAUAUGCUUUAAAUCUUCGAGAGCAGCAACUGAUUUAAAUCAUCUAAUGCUUGUUCAGACAUUGUAAAACGUUCAAAUAUUGUUCUGUUACCUGAUUUAGAUAGGCGUUGGCUAGGGAAGCAAUGAUGUACAAGAGUACUGCACUUGAUGGACCGCUUUCCAAUUAGUUCUGACCAGAAAACUUUGAAGAGUGCUCCUGUUCUCACCGAUUUACCACCCAUGAGCAACUUUGGAAUGGACAUUUAUUCUGCUUUGCUGCCAUGCCCAUCUCAGGGUGCAGUUUUUUCUCCCGGCCUCUUAACAAUCCCAAGGAAGAAACUAGGAAUACUCGAUCAGUCCAGCUCUUGGCUGGAUUCCAUGAGAAACUCAUCACCCACACAUAAUAAGACUACCAAAGAUUCCAGCAAUGAACUAUCAUCAUCUCCUACCGAUGUUGCAUAUCGCAAUUGGAUGCUUAAUUAUCCGUCAGCACUGGCAUCUUUUCAGAAAUUAACAAAUUAUGCGAAGGGCAAGAGAAUAGCAUUGUUUUUGGAUUAUGACGGGACUCUCUCCCCGAUUGUUGACAACCCAGAGGAUGCCAUUAUGUCGAAUAAUAUGCGUUCUGCUGUGAGAAAUGUGGCAAAAUAUUUCCCAACAGCAAUCAUUAGUGGGAGAGGCCGUGAUAAGGUCUAUGAGUUUGUACGAAUAAAUGAACUUUAUUAUGCCGGAAGUCAUGGCAUGGACAUCAUGGGCCCUGUUCGGCCUGCUUCUAUUGACCAUCCAAACUGUAUUAAGUCAACUGACAAGCAGGGUAAGGAAGUUGAUUUGUUCCAGCCUGCAAGUGAAUUCUUACCGAUGAUCGAUGAGGUUUUUAGAUCCCUUGUCGAGAUUACUAAAGAUAUUAAAGGAGCAAAAGUUGAGAACAAUAAGUUCUGCAUCUCGGUACAUUACCGUAAUGUAGAUGAGAAGAGUUGGACAACAAUUGGGCAAGCCGUACAUGAGAUUCUAGAAGACUACCCACGUCUGCGAUUGACACAUGGGCGCAAGGUUUUGGAGGUCCGGCCAGUGCUCAACUGGGAUAAGGGGAAAGCUGUUGAGUUUUUACUUGAAUCACUUGGAUUAAGUAAUUGUGAUGAUGUACUGCCAAUUUAUGUUGGAGAUGACCGUACAGACGAAGAUGCAUUUAAGGUUCUGAGAGAGGGAAACCAAGGUUAUGGUAUCUUAGUGUCUCCAGUGCCCAAGGAAAGCAAUGCAUUAUUCUCUCUGAAGGACCCAUCUGAGGUAAUGGAGUUCCUCAAGUCCCUUGCAACAUGGAAGAAGUCAAGUGCACUAUAAUAUUGAUAUAAAGAUGAUAUACAUAUAUAUACCCACGUUAGAAAGAUUGUGAUUUGUAAUGGUUACAUGACAUAUUGUCUAGCUCUGCUUAGAGCCUUUUUCUUUGUAAAUCCUUCUCUUUCUAUUUUCCUUGGCUGCACAAUUGUGGCCUUCAAAUGUGAGUGUAUUAAUUAAUCAUUUCUUUUUGGGUUGAGGGAUUUCCCUAGGAGGGUAUCUUUGGAAAUAUAUUUAUUUGUUCAUUAUUUAUUUAUUUAUUUAUUUAUUAAUCAUUUCUUUU